CUGUCCCGGCUGGAGCCCUCGGCAGGUUUCCCCUGCCCGGCUCACGGUGUCCAUUUCUGCCCCGCCCAGACCAUGUCCAAGUCCCUGAAGAAGAUCGUGGAGGAGAGCAGGGAGAAGAACCAGCCCGAGGUGGACAUGUGCGACCGCGGCAUCUCCAGCAUGCUGGACGUGCCCGGCCUGUUUACGCUGUCUCACAUCACACAGCUGGUUCUGAGUCACAACAAGCUUACAACUGUGCCAGCAAACAUCGCAGACCUGAGAAACAUAGAAGUGCUCAACUUUUUCAACAACCAGAUUGAGGAGCUGCCUACACAGAUAAGCAGCCUUCAGAAGCUCAAACACCUGAACCUUGGCAUGAACAGGUUAAACACCUUGCCAAGGGGAUUUGGCUCUUUACCAGCCCUAGAAGUUCUUGACUUGACUUACAACAACUUAAAUGAAAAUUCCCUACCAGGAAACUUCUUCUAUCUGACCACCCUUCGUGCACUCUAUCUAAGUGACAACGAUUUUGAAAUCCUGCCGCCAGAUAUUGGGAAGCUCACAAAGUUGCAGAUACUGAGUCUUAGAGACAAUGACCUGAUAUCACUGCCUAAAGAAAUUGGUGAGCUCACCCAGCUUAAGGAACUGCAUAUCCAGGGAAAUCGUCUUACUGUGCUGCCCCCAGAACUGGGUAAUUUGGAUCUGACUGGUCAAAAGCAAGUCUUCAAAGCUGAGAACAAUCCCUGGGUUACCCCCAUUGCUGAUCAGUUCCAGUUGGGAGUAUCGCAUGUUUUUGAAUACAUUCGUUCAGAGACAUAUAAAUAUCUUUAUGGCAGACACAUGCAGGCGAACCCUGAACCUCCAAAGAAGAACAAUGACAAGUCAAAGAAGAUCAGCCGUAAACCCCUGGCAGCCAAGAACAAAUAAGUGCCUGGCUUCUGCCUCUGUUUUACAUCUGUUGCAUUGCUUUUGCUUGUGCCACACAUCUCUUAUUACAUAUAACAAAGCAGGGAUUAGAAUUAAAUGCAAUUUACUAUGUGUAAUGCUUUAGAAGAUACUGCUAGAGGGAAACAAAAUUACAUAUGCUCCUAACUAUGGUCACAUUUAUGUAGCCAUUUAAUAUAUCACUGUCAAACAUAUUUUAGCUUUUCUAUUUAUAUGUAUAUUAAUGUCCUCUCUUCACGUGUCACAUCCUGUUAAAAUAGGGGAGUUUGCACUUACAUUAUACAAUACUAAAUUUCAUAUGAUAUUCCAAGUGAUUUUAAUAAAGCCCUUCAUUUGUAUUGCUGUU